CUGCUGAAAAAUGUUGAAGGCGCGCGUCGCUCGCGUUUCAUGAGCUCUCCGAUCGCCGAGUUUCCCAGAAAAAUUGCAACAAGUGCGGAGAUCGUAAGUGACGUGUUGUUGUGAUCGCUUUGCAUCGAAAUCGCGGCCUGUGAAAAGUGCUUUUUGUUUUUAUUUCACCCAUUUGGCGAUUUCUCCAUAAUAUUCGUAUUGCCUUACGCACUUGGCUCUCUUUCGACGCCGACUGCGCAGCCGCCGCGACGCGAAAUGUGCAACAACAAGUUAAACAGCAACUACCAACACAACGACAAAGUUAACCAAUAUUUAAUUGCUGGCUUAAUUUAAUUAGCGGCCCCAAAGUGCAGUGCAAAAUACGCAAAUAACGAGAAAAAGCUGUUCACUCUGCUUUUCACCUGGAUUACAAAACAGGAUAAAUUGGAUUACACGGGCGACAAAGAAAGAGACAGUCAAAGCCCCAACAAAACAAAACAUAAACGACGUCGCACUGGAGUCACAACACGACCAAUUUUUCCAGAACUGAGACGAGAAUUUCCCCACCCCGAAUAAAACCUGUACAGUAUGUCACAUGAUAAGAAGAUGUUGGAUCGCGAGGCAGUUCGUUCAGUGAUACAGCAAUGGAAUGCCAAUCGAUUGGAUUUGUUUGCGCUCUCCGAGCCAGACGAGAACCUGCUCUUCCAUGGCGUUAUGCGCUUCUACUUCCAAGAUGCUGGCCAGAAAGUGGCCACCAAAUGCAUUCGCGUGGCUUCCGAUGCCACCGUCACAGAUGUCAUAGACACACUCAUUGAGAAAUUCCGUCCCGAUAUGCGGAUGCUAUCCGUGCCCAAUUACGCCCUUUACGAAGUACAUGCCAAUGGUGAGGAGCGCAGACUGAAUGCCGACGAGAAGCCGCUGCUGGUGCAGCUCAAUUGGCACAUCGACGAUCGCGAGGGUCGAUUCCUGCUUAAGAAUAUAGACCAGAAGACCACUCCCAUCGAACAAACAGAUCUUAACUUCAAGCGAAAACUCUCGAAGCGCGAGAAAAAGGAGCAGAAGAAAAAGGAGAAGAUGGCCAAGCUUAGCUCCGAUCCGCCCACCUCCAAUGGCAGUCAUUUGGGGUUGGGCAAUGGUAUUGGUGGAUCCUCGGGAUCAGCUCACAUGAAUGGCAAUGCUGGAGGAAGCGGCGGUGAUGGCAGCGAUGCCGUGGCCGGAAAACUGUACACGGAACUUCCGGAAACUUCGUUCACACGAUCGAUCUCAAACCCGGAGGCCGUGAUGCGUCGUCGGCGUCAACAGAAGCUCGAGAAGAAGCUGCAACAGUUUCGUUCUAGGGAUGGUGGUCCGGAUACCGGUGGAACGCUAAAGAUUUACGGCGAGAGCCUGUGCCAAGAUGUGCCCUACAAGACGCUGCUGCUCUCAAUUCGCGACUGUGCGCAGGCGGUUGUCCGAGAAAUGCUCACAAAAUACGGACUGGAGAAGGCCGAUCCCCUGCAUUAUUGCCUGGUUCAGGUCAACAGCGAUGGAACUGAAUAUAUACUUGACGAUGACGAGUGCCCGCUAUCGAUACUCAUGAACCAUCCAACGUCGCGAGGCUCUAUCAUGUUCCAUGUGCGGCGCCGCCCAGCGGACUCACAGCCCCGAAGACGAAAGAAAAAACCACUGGGGACCGCUAAUGGGGCCAACCACAUAUCCGGCGAUCGCGAGGGUCCCGUCCUAGUGGAAGUGACGCACAGCGGCGAUGGUGGUCGGCGGAUCAAGUUGGGUAGCGACCCCGUGGAGGUGGGAUCGGCGAAUACUAAUUGCCUGCAGCUCUUUGGACCCUCGAUCCAGCCGAGGCAUUGCCUUAUUUCGUUGCUGGAGGGCGUUUGUACGGUGACCCCUCUGCACACCGAUGCCCUGACCUUUGUCAACGGCCACCACAUCAGUCAGCCGACCAUUCUGCAUAACGGCUCGGUUGUAAUGUUUGGACGCGUGGCCUCGUACCGAUUCCUCGAUUCACCCACGGAUGGACGCUAUAAUCUGGCUCUGUCGCAAUCCCAACUGGACUCAGCAUGCCUCUACGAAAGCCGCUCGCCCACAUCCCCAGGAUCAUGGAACGAUGAGGAUGGAGCCUUGAGUUCGACCCACAAAAGCGACUACGACCAACACCAGCAAUCAAAUCAAUCCAGUGCAUAUCACAAUAACAAUAAUAACUCUAGUGAUCAUCCUCUGAGCAGCACUCUGAGAGACGUGGUGGAUAGUAAGGCUGGACAGGAACAGGUGGUCAAUUCUAACAACUACGAUGGUCAAAGCCUGGAGGGUAAUCUGGAGAACGAGACCAAGUCAAUUUCCAGCAUGAAAUCGGGUGGUUCCAACAGCCAAGAUCGGUCUCCCAAAAUGGCCGGCUCUGGUCUUUUGGGCGGAGGUGGCAGCGGUUCCGGCGAUGCCCAGGGUCAGGAACCCAUUCUGCCGGCUGUCCUAGAGUUCCCCGAAACUCACCAGGAACUCUUUCUGCGUCACAUUAUCAGUGAGCUGGAUGUGAACGUUCCGCACUUUAAGCUGGCACCCGUCUACUCACUUUACCUGUGUGCCAGAUAUCGAGCCUCAACCCACUAUCGCCCGGAGCUGCAACCCACGGAGCGUGCCCACAAGCUCACCAUGUUCCUGCACCACGUGGCCAAUCUGGUUUACAGCGUGGUCCAAGAGCAGUACACGGAUCCUCGAAUCCUAGCCUUUUGGAUGGCCAACAGCUCGGAGUUCCUGCACUUCCUUAAAUCAGAUCGCCACAUCAGCGCUUUUAGCGUUCAGGCUCAAGAGGUUUUGGCCGAGGCCGUGCAGACUGCGUUUCGCAACCUUGUCAACUGCUUCCGGCUGGAACUCUCGCAAACCCUCAACCAGUUUCUUUCCGAGAACAUUGAUCACGAUUCCGCGGCGGGUCUCGUUCUGACAGUGUUGGGAUCGGCGAUGGCUCUUCUUCGACGCUGUCGCGUAAAUGCAGCCCUAACUAUCCAGUUGUUCUCCCAGCUGUUUCAUUACAUCAAUGUCAUAUGUUUCAAUACGAUUGUGGCAAACUCUCACAUGUGUACAGCUGAUUGGGGCAAAGUGAUGACGGAGCGACUCCAGUUGCUAGAGCUGUGGGCAGAACGCCAAGGACUAGAAUUGGCGGCGGACUGCCACCUGGCCAAGAUCAAUCAGUGCGCUCAGUUCUUGCAGGCACCCAAAUCCUCUGUAGAGGAAAUUCAACAAUUGGCCUGCUCCUGCUUCCGUUUGAACUCCUUGCAGAUGGCUGCGUUGCUGCAGCAGGAGAAGCUGCCCCGCAACUUAGUGGAUACGGCUAUAAGAAUGGCGGAGUCCGUGGCCGACGAGCUGACCCGCGCCGAUGGACGGGAGGUCCGGUUGGAGGAGUCGCCCGAGCUGCACUUGGCGCUGUUGCUACCCGACGAUGGUUUUAGCUGCGAUGUUGUGAGAGGCAUCCCCACGGGUCUCGUCGACUUCCUCAAUCCCCUCCAGCAGCAGGGCAUGUGCCGACUGGCGGCCCAGCCCACCUCGAUUGGUCUCUGGACGGUCUAUAUGCAUCAGUUUAAUGCCCGCAGUUCCAGUGCCAUGUCGAACAAGCUUCCCCAGCCGGAGUUGCAGCUAAUCAAGCUGCACAAGAACAGCAACGGCAUGGGCUUAUCCAUCGUGGCAGCCAAGGGAGCUGGCCAGGAGAAACUGGGCAUCUAUAUCAAGAGUGUGGUUCCUGGCGGAGCGGCAGACGCGGACGGACGCCUGCAAGCUGGCGAUCAGCUGCUGCGCGUAGAUGGCCAGAGUCUGAUUGGGAUCACCCAAGAGAGGGCUGCGGACUACCUUGUGCGGACGGGUCCAGUGGUCAGUUUGGAGGUGGCCAAACAGGGAGCCAUAUACCACGGGCUGGCGACGCUGCUGCAGCAGCCUAGCCCAGUCAUCCAGCGUGGUAAUCGACGUAUGUCCGAACGCGAUCUGACGCGGAUGGGCGGCGCCGAGUCGACUAAAUCCCUGGGUCCACUGAUAGCCAAUAGUCAUCCGAAUCAUAGCCUCAGUCUCAGCCAACAUCUGAACAACAGCCACAACAACACCAUAGGCAAUAGCAACAAUAGUAGCAUCAUCAAUCCCUUAGCUGCACACCUGCCCAACAGCAAAUCGGUGCCAGCUCUGCAUCACCACACGGGAUCGGGUACCAUAUCCCUGGCCAAUUCCAAGUCACGCAGCACGCACAGUUUGCAUAACAAUACAUCAGGAAUGGGGGGAAUCGGCGGAGCAGGAGGAGUCGGAGGGGCCGGAUUGCUGGGUCAGCCAAAUGGCAGCCACAACAAUGCAAAUGGAAAUGGCAACGGCAACGAGCAGGGAUUCUAUCAGAAUCUCAGUGUGUAUCGGGCACAAAAUCAAAGCCAACCGAUUCUGAACGAGAGACCGCCGAUCGCCACACAUGCCGCCAUGAACGCUUACAAUGGCAAUUCCCCGCUUGCACCGCAGCAACAAUCACAGCAGCAACAGCAACAGCCAUCGCCCUACCAGCAGCAGCAACAUCUGCAGGCCAAUGCUAAUCUGCCUCCCACUCGACCAGUCUCUGCCUAUUACCACAGCCAGCAGUCCGCGCAGCAGCAACUCCAGCAACAGCAGCAGCAACAACAGCAGCAACAGUUCGCACUCAGCAGCAGCAAUCUCAAUGGCCAGCAGUCCCAGCACCAGCUCACCUUGAACAAUCGCACCAAGAGCCAGCAGAACUUCCAGCACACCCUGCGAAUGCAGCAGAUGAUGGCUCCAUCGAUGCCCAAUAUCAGCAACAUGUACCACCACCAGCAGCAACAACAGCAACAGCUGCCUCUGCAGCAGCAGCAACCACAGCAGCAACCCGUUAUGAGCAGCAGCCAGAGCAUGCAAAAUGUCAACGAUUUUACAGGUGGCUAUCAGAAUGGCAGCCUGGAGUAUAGACGCAGUCAGCUCCAUGACCCAACCACGCUUUACGAGCUUCAGCAGCAACAAUUGCAACAGCAGCAGCAACAGUCACCUAAUUUUAUAGCCCUGCCCCCGAAACCCCUGGGCAGCCUACAGUCUCCCAAUAAACCAAACGCUCCACCAAGUACAGCGCCCAAACCGCAGCAGCAACAGCAGCGAUAUCUCGGACAACCAAUUCUGGCGGAGGACAAGCCUCCAUUGCCGCCCACCGCCACCCAUCCUCUAUUUAAGGCCACGCAACAGAUUGCUCCGGGUAUGAAUUAUGUAGCCAGUACUUUGGACCCCCCAAAGGGCAGCUACGUGCCCGCAAACCAAGCAAGCAACCGUCCUCUUCACAGCGGGACCAAUCCUUGGGAAAGAGAGGAGCGCGAAAAGGAUCUGGAAAUGCGACGGGAACACAUUCGGCAAUGGCGAGAGCAGCAGAUCUCGGAGCUCUCCCAGAUCAUCUCGCGUUCUCCCAUGCAAGAAGAGCAACUGAAAACCCUGAUCUUAGAGCGAGAUUUCGAGCGAAGAGCACAGGAGUUGCAAGAGCAGGAGGAGCAGGACCAGGAGCAGCAGUAUGACAAGGAGAACGUGCAGGAGCUGUUCCGGUUAGCUGGUAGCGGCCAGGUCAGUGCCAUACAAACACCAAUCACCAGUUACCGCCAGACGGAGAUCAAGCUGGCGGAGAUUACGGAGAGCAGCAGUCCGGUGGACUCGGUGCCGGCUCCACAGCCAGCAGCACCCACUACACAACCGAUGAGCAGCAACACCCAGCAGCCGAAGAGCAUACUUAAGCAUAAUCGAUAUUCCGAGGGAGGAGUUGGGCCCAGUGGAGCCCCCUCGUCGCCAUCGAAAUCGCAGAAAUCCGCCAGUUUCGCGGAUGAGAGACAUCUGCAUACGGAACAUCCCAUAUCGAACCUGGCGAAAGAGCUCAACCAGCUAACGAUGCUCGAUAAGGAUAAUAACAACGAGACCUUGGAUGCUGUAGUUCCUCCACCGCCGCCACCGGAGAGAAAUAGUUCUUACUUGAUAAUGUCACAGCAAAAACUGCGGGGAAGCACUGGAAACGCGACCUCAUCAAUGGGUCUACUCAAAACAGCCACUAGCAAUCAGGCAGCAGCUGCCGUGGAGAUUAAAAAGGCUUCGCUACUGAACACCCAAACCAAUAAUAACAACAAUCUGAGUGGCAGCUUGAACAACAACACCAUGCAGGGAUCACCGCUUAGCGCCAUGGAACUCAAUGCCGCCUAUGUUUCGGCUACGGGAACAGGAAUGGUUGGAGGAUUGGGCACACCACCUCCGCCGCCGCCGUUAAUGCAAAGGGACAACAAGCGGGUGAGCUUCCACGACGAAGAAAAUAACUUUGUAGGCGGAAAUAGCCAGCUGCAGCAGCAAUACAUCAUGGACAACUUCGGUAUGGAGCAUCAGGAUUUGGACACUAUCAGAGAAGAUACCAGUUAUCUGCAGCAUAAUCUGGAUGCCUCCAUGCUGCCAUCGAUGCCAGCUACUCCCGAUACUGCCCUCUGGAAUACCUCAGUGCAGUCGACUCCCGGCGUCAUUGGAGCGCAAGAGGUGUAUAGAGAUCCUCGCACGCGUCGCCUGGCGGAGAAGCAACAGCAGCAACAGCAACAACGCGCUGGAGAUGCGGUGCCCGAAAAGCUUUCGUUCAAGGAGAAGAUGAAGAUGUUUGCUUUGGAGUCGGGAGAGGAUAACACGCCCAAGGACAAGCUGAAGAUAUCGCGGGCCCAGCGAGAUAUAGAUGCGGUGCACUAAGAAGGAGGAGAGAUCGUUGCUAAAUGCUAUGUACAUACAGACCCACUACAUACAGAACCCACAAAGCUUAUACUUCAAUAUAUUGGGGCCAAGUUGUUACGUUAGCUCUACAAAAUACACACAUAGAUAUAUAGAUCAAGUUAUAUAUACCAGAUUACGAUAGAAACAAACAUACCUAACGAAUUUGCUAAGCAAGGCAAUAACACUCCAUAGUUAUCGCGUUUCCGAGUUAAUUGCCACACAGAAAAUGUUAACUAAAUUCAAUUAGUGAGAAUUGUCAGUGUAUAUCAUUAUAGUCUAUAUAUACCUAUGUUUAUAUAUACAAAACUAUAACGAGCCUAGACAGGGCAACGAAAGCGAGGCGAGCCACAUUUGUAAAGCGUUUUAAACAUUUAACAUUAAACCCUAUGAUUAACAAUUAGUUACAUCAGAUUACAGCAUACAAUUAAUGGUUAAAAACAGUGUAAAUGAGCAGAGUUAGUUUAGAUAUACAUAUAUUUACCUGGGAAUCGUGCGGAACAAAAAACGUUAAUAUAUAUGUACUGUAUUCUUUAGAGAACUCUAAGCCACAACAACGUUAAAACAAAUGGUCCAAUUAUUCAAUUAUUAAAGCUAUAUAUUUACAAACCACGAACGAAAGAGUAAUAAAAUAUUUAAAAGUUCA